AUGACUAAUCUAUACUGUGGGUUGUACUACAAUGUGUGGAUGUUGGGUAAAACUGUAAAGAAUGUGUUAGAAAGUAGGGAAACAUGGAAUGUGAGAAAUAAAUCUCUUGUAUUCAUUUUAUCAGUUGUUGGUAACAUUCGUGCAUCAAUUGGCAAGGCUAGAUUGUUGAUAAAGGAGAGAUUUUCUCAGUUUGGCGGCCUAAUUGAUGACAGUGAAUUUCACCGUGGUGAAAAGGAAGUUACAUGUAUGGACUUGCAGGGAUUCUGGGAUAUGAUUUAUAUGCAAGUAGAGAAUGUCCAAGAUAUGUUCAAAGAUUUGGAAAUUCUUCAAAAUAAUAAUUGGAAGGAAGAAGAAAAAAUAGUUGUAAAACCCAAACCAGUGAAAAAAGUUGCCAAGAAAGCCAAACCAGGGUUAUCUGAGGAGACUAAGAAAAGACGUGCUGAAGCUAAAGAAGCUGCCAAAAAAAGAUUAGCUGAAGCUAAAGCUAAAUCUGCCAUGUUAACUAAGGCCAAAAGUUCAACACCCAAUACUUCUGUACCGGAAGUAGUUAAAACCUUUGAAGCUGGUUUCUUCAAGAUUGCUAGUCCAGUGAAACCGCCUACCAGACGUGUUCAAGCUGGUACUUCUGCAAAAACUACAAUGAGGUUAAUUAAGAAUGUGAAUGCCAGUAGUCCGUGUAGUCCUGUUGUUGAAUUAUUAAGAUGCAACCAGAUGAGGAAAGCCAAGCUAAGUUCAACACCAAAUAAACAAAUCCAAGAAAAAGAGAAUGAGGACUUUGCUAAAUACUUGGUGCCUACUAUGUCAGAAGAGUCGUCUGGCAACGAGCCUAGUAUCAUUGAUCUGAAUGAACAAGCUGAAAUCUCCAUGGUAACCGAAUCAACUCAGCAACUGGAAGACCUGAAAAUAAGAAGUCCACGCAAAUCACAGAAACGUACCCCAGUUUCUAGACAUUUCAUGGAUCGCAAUAACACAAGCAAUGAUUCCAUCUCAACUGGUUUUCCAGGGCCAUGCCUUGGUCUUAAUACACCUGUGCAGAAUGGUCAAAUGAUGAAUGACAACUAUCUAUUUACACCAAUGGAGAGUACCACUAAUGCCCGUGCCUCAAUUGAUCUAAUAAAAUUUGAUUCAUCAGAUGCCGUUUCUGAUACGAGUACAUUUUCACCAUUGGAACCGCAAAGACAACGCCGCAGGUCUGCAAGAAUCCACAGUGCAAACCCAAAUCCUGCAAUCUUUUCUCCAUUAUAAAUGUAUAUAUUUCUCCUCUGACAAUUUUUUACUGUCCUCUUUCUGUCGUGACACAUUCAAAUUUUGUGUACAAUAGUGUAUUUUACGUAGUAUUGUAUAUAAAUCAUGUAUUAUUUUUGAAAUAAAGUUAAUUAUUUUACAAUGA